CUAAACACAUCAGAGCAGGCAGUCCACUCAGCUCCCUCUCUCUCUCUCUCUCUCUCUCUCUCUCACUCUCACACACACACACACACGCACUGUUAGUGCAGGCGUGAACAGGUGGGCUCUCCCAGCACAGCAGCGGUACCUAUGGACGCGUUAUGAGGAGCAGCGCGCGCUGGAGGAGUCGCUGUGGAUAUCAUGUCUUUUUCAUGGCUGAGGCUUUGUGAGCUCCAGCAGCCGGCUGCAGCUUAACUCAGCGCGUUUUUUUUUUUUUUUUUUUUUUGUGUUGUUGCUGUUGUUCUGCGCGUUAAUAUGAAAGUGACGGUGUGUUUCGGUAGGACCCGGGUGGUCGUGCCGUGCGGAGACGGCAACAUUAAAGUCCGGAGCCUUAUCCAGCAGGCCAUCAUGAGAUACCGGAAAGCCAUAGCGAAGGACCCAGCCUAUUGGAUCCAGGUUCACCGGUUGGAGCAUGGCGAUGGCGGCAUCCUAGACUUGGAUGAUGUGUUAUGUGACGUUGCUGAUGACAAAGACCGGCUGGUGGCGGUGUAUGAUGAGCAGGACCCUCAUCAUGGAGGAGACGGCACAAGCGCAAGCUCCACUGGCAGCCAGAGUCCAGACGUGUUCAGCAGGGGAGAGAUCAGCUCCGGCACACCAUCUGCCUUCCAGCCGUACCAGAACAGCAGCGAGAUCGAGGUCACACCAUUGGCCCUGCGCACCAACAUGCGUCUGCAAGUGAGGCGCAGUAGUGAUCCGGCUCUCGUGGGUCUGCCAGAGACCCCACUCCAACCAGAAGAGCCGUCCAGGAAGAACCCGACACGCUGGUCCACCACGGCUGGUUUCCUCAAACCCAACGCCACCAGUGGAACCAACAGCUUGGAGCGCAAGGUUAAGGGACCGGCUGGCUACCGCAGUCUUCCCCGUGACACAGCAGCAUGGGCCAACCAGUUCCACAGAGAGGGCGCACGCUCAUCCCUCAGUGCCAAUCAUCCCAUGGUGGACCGCUGGCUUGAACGCCAAGAGCAGGAUGAAGAGGAAGAAGAGAGGAGGAGAGACGAAGGCAAGAAUGGACGGAUAGAACCAGUGGGCCGAGCGGACUCGAUCUCUCUAGAUGACCUGCUCAAACCGGUGGAAGUAUCUAAUGGCGGCGGGCCGCUGGGAAUCCACGUAGUGCCGUUCAGCUCCAGAGACAGAAGGACUCUGGGGCUGCUGGUGAAGAGGCUGGAGAGGGGAGGAAAGGCCGAGCGCGAGGCUCUCUUUCAGGAAAACGACUGCAUCGUGCGCAUUAAUAAUGACGACCUGCGCAACAUCCGAUUCGAACAAGCACAGGACUUAUUCAGGCAGGCCAUGCGUUCCCCGUUCAUCCUGUUCCAUGUGGUUCCAGCAGUGAGGAAAGUACAGUAUGAGCAGUUUUCCCAGAGUGAGCUGGGUGUCCAGCCUGGUCCUGGUCCCAAACAGCUACCCACUGACACUAAACCUGGUCCCGGUCCUAGCCGACUAACUCCUGAAUCCAAACCUGGGGAUAGGGGUAGUGUGGUGGUCGGAGGCAUUGAUUACAGUCCUAAAAGAAUGUCUAAGAGUGGCCCUCAUCCUAAUGUUAAUCACCAGACCCCGUCUUCCCAAAUGGAGCAAAACCAACCUUAUCCUGUAUCAGCACCCAUCAUCAGUCCAGCCAGCAAGAGUACGACCUCCACAGGCUUCACCAAAAAGAUCGGACGCAAGUUCAACGUCCAGCUCAGAAAAGGUCCAGAGGGACUUGGCUUCAGUAUCACAUCACGUGAUGUCCCCAUAGGAGGCUCCGCCCCAAUCUACGUGAAGAACAUCCUUCCUCGUGGAGCAGCCAUCCAAGAUGGCCACCUGAAAGCCGGUGACCGGCUGCUGGAGGUGAACGGGGUGGAUCUGAACGGGAAAUCUCAGGAGGAGGUGGUGUCUCUUCUCCGCUCCACUCCAAUGGGAGGCACUGUUAGUCUGCUGGUCGUCCGCCAGGAGGAUGCCUUCCUGCCUCGUGAAGUGAAAGCAGAGGAUGAUGACUUGGUGCUUACUCCCGAUGGAACGCGGGAGUUCUUGACCUUUGAGAUUCCUCUAAAUGAUUCAGGUUCGGCGGGGUUAGGGGUCAGCGUAAAGGGCAACCGCUCGAAAGAGAACCAUGCCGACCUGGGCAUCUUCGUUAAGUCCAUCAUCAACGGCGGAGCCGCUUGCAAGGAUGGCCGCUUGAGGGUGAACGACCAGUUGAUAGCUGUGAAUGGAGAAUCGCUGCUGGGAAAGACCAACCAGGAAGCAAUGGAGACUCUACGCAAGUCCAUGUCUAUUGAGAGCAACAAAAGAGGCAUGAUCCAACUCAUCGUGGCCAGGAUGGUGAGCGGGAGGAAUGAGCAGGACGGUGCAAGAAGUCCAUCGGUGUCUGAGGUGUCACUGAACCGCUCUCAUGAGGAUCACGAGCGACGCAUCUCUCACUCUCUGUACCCUGGAGCUGUCGAGGGCCUGGACGACCCAGUCAACACUCGCUCUAUCAUGGGCAGAAUGAUCGGUAACUACCAGCUGUCCCCCACUGUGAACAUGCCUCAGGAUGACACCGUCAUCAUUGAAGACGAUAGGCCGCCUGUUCUUCCUCCUCUCCUGUCUGACCAAUCAUCUUCCAGCUCCCAUGAUGACAUGGGCUUUGUGCUAGAGCCACCUGUCUCCUGGGCCAAAGAUAUUCAGAAUCAAGAUGAAAGCUCACUGAGUCCCGACACAGACCCUGAUGGUGCAUUUCAGAGGGAGGGCUUUGGCAGACAGAGCAUGUCGGAGAAAAGAACCAAACAGUACGGAGACACUGCUCAACUCGAAAUCAUCAAGACACGCAAAUCCAAGAGCAUGGAUUUAGUAGCUGACGAGAUUAACCUCACACCCCGCCCAAACAGGACAGAAGGUAACUCCACAAGAGAUGUAGGGCCCAAUCUGGGCCUGAAGAAGUCCAGCUCUCUGGAGAGUCUCCAGACGGCCGUGGCAGAGGUGACGCUCAAUGGGGACGUCCCCUUCCACAGGCCUCGUCCCAGAAUCAUCCGUGGACGUGGUUGCAAUGAGAGCUUCCGCGCAGCUAUCGACAAAUCCUAUGACAGACCUGGUAUGAACGUGGUGGGUGAUGAAGAGGAGGAUGAAGGCAUGGAGACGUUGGAGGAGGACACGGAGGAAAGCUCACGCUCCGGCCGUGACUCCGUCUCCACAGCGAAUGACGUGGCCUUACUGGCUGGAGCGGCAUACCAGGAUGGCCAGUUGAACGGCGGACGGCCCAAAGAUGAGCGCAAGAAGGAGAAAGGAGGGAAGGAAAAGAAGGAAAAGAGCAAAGCCAAGAAAAGCGUGCUGAAGGGCCUGGGUGACAUGUUCAGGUUUGGCAAACACCGCAAAGACGAGAGAACAGGGGACAAGAUGGAGCGCAAAGGCUCAAGCAAGAACAAAAUGGAUGACAUGCAGGCCACAGAGGAGGAGAUGCAGAGGAUGCGUUUGGAGAGAGAGAGGAUCCAGGCCAAGACCAGGGAGCUGCGGGAGCGACAGGCCAGGGAGAGAGACUAUGCUGAGAUUCAAGAUGUGACCCGAACCUUCAGCUCUGAUGAGGAACACCCCUACGCAGGCAUUGGCUCUCUCGACUCGUCCAUGGACAGCAGCCAGAGCCUGAACCAGGAGCAGAGGCCACACAGUCCCAGAGAUCAGGGCCUAGAGAGUCUUUACGCCCAAGUCAACAAGCCACGCAAUGGAGUUCCACUAUCUUCAGACAGACAGGCAAUCGACAGGGUAGACCUGAACCUCUACAGGACUCAGGUGCAGGAGAGCAGACUAGAGCAUGCUCAGCGUGCACUGAACUGACAGGUGCCAUGCUGAUUGAGAUUUGGGGAGCGUAAAGCAAACCCUCACCACUGUGAUACACACCUGCUUGAUUGACGGCUGCUCCCAUUAGAGCUAUAUUCUCUAAGCUGCUGCUCUAAGCCGAGAGAGUGAGGGAGAGAAGGAGAAAGAGGGAGAUAUCUCUCGCUCCAGAGAUUUUGGCUGUUGAAAACUGCUAAAAGAAGUUCACCUACAGAGAUGCACAGCAAGGUGUUUUUUCCCUCUCUCUCCCUGGCGCUCAACUUCUUUUCCUUCUCUCUCUUCUAAAUCCACUUCCACCUGACUUUGCAUGGUGCAGAAAUUGGAUUAUAAGCCGCAGGUACCUUUCAGGUCAUGGCUUUCAUCUGUGUGUGAAGCUGUUUAUGUUGUGGGUUUAGUUGCUGUUAGGCAGAGAGAGAGGAGUGAAGCAGUAAUCCCUCAGACACAAACAUACUUUAUACAUCUGCAUUCGUUCCUCCCAGCUGCAGUGCUGAUGUCAACAUUACCAGUUGUUCUCAUCAUCACCAUCAUCAUCAUUUCUUUUAUUAGUGACAUCAUUGUUGUCAUUGCCGUUGGCGUGGCCAAAACAUGUGCAAUGACAGUAAAGUCAUGUCAGAACCAUUAUCGGCUAUUCAAUCCUCCAUGUUCUCAUCCGUCCAGUCUUCCUCCAGCUUCCCAUCUGUCCAAUCCAUCCAUCCAAUCCUUCAUCCUUCAAUCCCCAAUCUUUUUUUGAACAUUUCAUUGACCCAAUCACAUUUUAUACCUCCCUUCAUCCAGUCAUCCCAUCCAUUAAUUUGUCCUCCAUAGUUUCAUCCUCCACUUUUCCUUCAUGCUCUCUCUAUCCAAUCCUCCAUCAUCCCAUCUAUCCAAUUGUCUUCCAUCGUCCAUUUCACCCACUACUCCUCCAUCCUCCCAUUUCUCCAAUCCUACUCCAUCAUCCCAUCCAUCCAAACCUUCUCCAUCGUCCCAGCCAUCCAGUCCUCUUCCAUCUCCCUAUCUGUCCAUCCUCCUCCAUAGUCUUUCUCCUUCUCUUUAUCUAUCCAUUCCAAUCUAUCCAAUUCUCCUCUUUUUUCAUUCUUAUAAUUCACCCAAACUUUCAUCUCCACUCAUCAUAUAUGGAAAGUGUAAAAUAUGUAAUUAAAUUUGAUUUAUUAUUAGCAACAGAGAACUUUUUCCACAUGAACAUUGUUUUUCUCAGUUCCAUUUUGCAUAACCCUCAGUUUUCACAGAUUAGUUUUUUCCCAAUAAAAUUACCACAGGCACAUUGCAUUAUCUCUGUUUGCAUUCUUUAAUUAGCCCUGAAUCAAAAGUUAAUAGCAAUAGUGAUUUUAUUAUUAUUUUCUUCUCAAUUCAAUUAUGCCACCAUUAAAUCCGAGUGCAUCUGGAGUGCUUUCUCUUAAAUAGCAUUUUGUUAAUAAUUCAUUGGUGGAUAGAUGAGCAUUUGAGAUGGUUACACACACUUAUAGAGUGUGUUUAUAUGUCUAUUUAAUCUCCUUUCUCGUCAGGGGAAUAUGAGAAAUUGUAUAGGACUAUAUAUAUGCUGUGUGUCUACAUGCACACGGUCUUAAUGGCAUUUGUGUAGAUUAGGCUAAUUGUAAUAGCUCACUUCAGGGACAAAUUAAGUGUCUGAGUGUAUAUUACUCGCUCUCUCUUUCUCUCUCAUUUAGAUUUAGGUUAGUAUGUCUGGGUAUCAUUACUGGGUUUUUGCCUAAUAGAAGUUUUGGGCCCUGAAUUUGCAUCCUAUAUCGAUAGUUUACUUACCGUUGUGGUUGGGGCGGUCCCCACCUCUGUACUUUUCCUGCCUGCUUUGCACUCUUUCUCUAUCCAUCUCCUGCCACUCUGGCUUGCUUGGUUUCUGGUGAUGGGUUGGCUGGUUUUUAGCAUCCUGUUGGUUUGCUGCUGGGUGUUUGGCCACACCUUCUGUGGUGUCAAGUUUGCUGAUUAUGUACAUUUUUUGAAGCACCUACUUGCUCGUUGCAAUACUUUCGAGAUGCUGAUGGGCAUGCUACCAUGGCUUGAGGCAUUUUGCUGCCACUUUAAACAAGCACAUGAUUUUUUGUUAGAGCUCCUUGAUGCCUCUGGUGCUGAAUGUGCUCCUACAAGGACAACCUGACUUUUCAGUACAUUACUGUUCCCUAGUUUUUGGACAAGUAAUAAUAAUAAUCCCUUAUAAUAAUUGUCUUGAUUUACUGAAUUGUCUUCUUUUGUCAUAUAAUUUGCAUUUGUGUUUUGCUGUUUUUAUUUUUAGUAUGUUAUUGUGCUCGUUUAUACCUUCUUUUCUGUCCUUUGUUGCAGUAUGUUCUCUCGAUUGAUUUUCUAAAGUAACCUUGAGCUUGAGCUUGGGAAAUGUGCUACAUAAAUAAAAUGUUAAAACAUGUAAAUAUUUAAAAAUGUAAAUGGUUUCAUAGUUUCUCAUAUUUUAUGAUAAACGUGUUAAAUAAUCCUUUGUGCAUUCCAGAUUCAUUUCAUAGCUUUCUGUAAAGUUUCUCAGUAAGAACAAAGACCCUGUGCACUUAGAGUGCUGUCUCUUAUCUGGUGUGUUAUAUGCUGAUAGGAAGUAGUAUCUGCAAGGCAAAAGCGAGUGAAUUAUCUGGCACGCCUGUUUUCAUUUUUUUUGCCCCGCUUUGGAGAAGGCCCUCUGGGAUGUGUACAAGGAGAUGGAGCGUGAGGCAGGCAAUUUAUCCUACGAUUGCACCAUUACAUUCAUUUAGAAAAGCAAACAGCCCGAAAGGUGAGGCAAUGCUUUAAACACACACACGCGCACACACACACACACACACACACACACACACACACACACACACUUAAGAACUUAAUAUGUGCACUUGUACAAACAAAUGCUUGUGGACACUUCCUUACACGUGCACACACAAUCAGCGAUGGAGAAACAGAGGAGGACCUUAUUACAAGCCACACACAUGAGAGCGGCUUCUUCAUUCUUCUUUAAUUGAGUCUGUGAUAUUCGCCGUAAUAAACUUCCUGCAGGAAGAUGAAAGGAAGAAAAAAGAAUGAUGUGUUGGUGUAGAAUACAGCUGCUUGCGUUUCUGCCCAGAUGAAUAAAAACCAAAUGUGAGACAGGCCAUGCUUUCUCUUUUCCUCUCUUGCAUCUGCUCUAGCGAUCAGGCCUGCAACCGCACUGAUCACACACACACACGCGAUUACACACACCGUAGUGCCAUAUUUACACUGUUUGUAAACACACAUACAUCAUGAAACAGCUACUGUCAGUGUGUAAUUGGUCUUUCCAAUAGCAUAGGGAAGCCAUGGCAGAAUUAUAACUCCAGUAUUCACAUAGCCUCAUGAAAAAGGAUGUUAUACAUGUAGAGCUUGUGCUGUCUUUAUGGAAGACUAUUAAACUGAUGUUAAUUCAAGAAAAUUGCGUGUUCUUACCUCCUCCUUAUUACCGCCGCUAUAGUCGCCAAUAUGACCCAUCAAAGCAAUGCUUUUCAGUUUAUUUGAUUACAGAUGACAAGAGAGCAGCACCUCGAUGCGCCAGGGUUUGUGGCAUACAGGAUAUUACCUGAGCGGAGCUUAUUAGAUAUGGGUGGAAAGGCUUUUUCUGGGUCACCGCUGGGUAUUUCUAUUUUUCCUCAGCUACUGUACUUAUAAGAGCGACUAGACAGUUUUCAAAUGAUGGAUAACCCAAUUCACUAGUGUAAUCACAGACUCCCAGCAUAACAUCUACUCUUUCAUCUCACAUCUCACAGAGCUCACAUGGCCCCCAAAAACAGGGCUGGGGUAAAUGCAAUUGAAAAUGCAGCUGAUGGAGUAGGGCAGGGACUCCAGCCAAUACCUGAAUACUUUCCUCUCUUUCCCGUUCUCUCUGCCUCACUCCCUCCUUUCUAUCUGGCAUUACAUUUCCUGCUUGUGUUGGACCAGAUUAGCUCCUCGCUCUUGCAUGUUUGGAUGUCAUGGAGACCCCAGGCAUCUCCUCCCUGCUCUGGCAGCAGACCAAAGCUUGCAGUCAGGUUUUGUGCAAGGUGUGGGCGCUGCCGCAAAAAUCCUUGGUCUGUGAACUACAUAUCUGUAUCACACCCUCUCCAUAUUUUGGGUAGAGUCCUGCUAAAUUUUUGACAAGAGAACAUGAAAUGUGUUUGAACAUUUAUAAAAUGAUGACUUUUAUUAGGAAAGGGUUAUAUAAUGUAAAGCUUAUAUAUAAAGAUUUCUUAAAACUAUAACACUGCAACUGGUAGGGUGAACGUCCUACUGACGCUUGAAAUCUGCCAUUAGUUGUUAGUAUUAGGCAGAGGUGCCAACAUCUGUAGUUUACUGUAGCAUUUAUGAUUUUUGAUCCCUUUCUACAUCGUUUUCAGCUAAAGCAGUUAUCAGACCAAAGGCAAAUAAAAUUUGCCCAGCUGAAAAGGCAAUUCACUGAAGAGGAAAGGUCACCGGAUGUAGAGAUGCUGUUUACUUCACGCUGAUUUAUAUCUAGGUGAACUUUGUGCUGUAAAUACCUAAGCAUUGGUCUUGUGAGCUAAUAGAAAACAAGUAGACAGGACUGUGUUCUCUUUGAUCAGUAAAUAAAUGGAGGAGUUGCUUAGUAUUAAGUAGCAGUCACAUCAGACUUUUCUUACUGGUGCAUAUCAUCUGCUGACAUACACUGGAUUUUUUUUAGUGACAUUCUGUUUUAUUUAUUUGUUUUUUCUUUUCUGCCUGCUAGGAUUUUCGUGUUAGUAAUUUUGUUGUUGGCACCUCUGGUAUUAGCAAUGUUUGUAAUUGAUUCACAUUUACAAUUUCACCAAUAAUCAUAAUUGGAACUGUCCACACUGUCCAUUUCUAUAGAUUUAAUGACAGUCAGGAAAUAAACUAGAGUUAUAAUGAUGAUGAUAUGAUUCCAAGGUAAAAAUCAUGUGACAUAACCAUUUUUGUUUGUUUGUUUGUUUGUUUCAAGAUCAGCAGUGUUGAUGUGCUACAACUGAACCCUUGCAGUGGAAAAGGAAAAAAAAAAAAAACAUUUGACAUUAGGUACUGGCAGCUUGUCAGUGGUAUAUAUAGGUCAUUCACUGUUUCUCCUAUUGUGGCCAAAGUACUAACAUUUCUUUUAAGAUAGGAAGUAGUUCAAGGGGACGUUGCUAUAGUAUUUUUACAUACACAUUAUAUACCAGUGGACAUCUGUUUAAAAGCAUUGCUGUUAUAUUACUCUCUCUCAUAUUUUGGUAGGUUGAGAUUUCUGACAGAGGCCUGUUUCUGUGGCUGCACUGCAUGCUCUCUCUCUCUCUCUCUCUCUCUCUCUCUCUCUCUCUCUCUCUCUCAUCUCUCUCUCUUCCAUGUACAUAAACACACUCUCACCUCACACUGAGCUGGUGUUGACAAGGUGUGGACAGAGCAGCAGGUAGGAGGCCUUCACACACGUCACUCUGUCACACCCAUCAAAUCUGUCAGGCAGAUGGACCUGCUGCCUUUUUACACAACUGCGUAAAUGAUAUCAGUGUAAGGAAAUGGCUUGACUCAGGUUGCACAAGUAAAUGGAAUCAAAGGCUAGUGAUUGAUUUUAGCAUGUUUAAAAGGCAAUUAUCAGAGAACGUGGAGCUGGAUUCCCGUUCUCAGUCAGAUUCAAAUCAAAUCACUCGACUCAGUCGGAGUGUUGUGUCUUUUUUCAGUGUGAAUGGUAUGCGAUCAGUAUGAAUUAAGAUGAACCCUCAGAACACAAACCUGGUCAGCACUGAACUGCAGUGGUUGUGUUCUGGAGCUGUAAUUAAUUUCCCUAUUGUCCAUCGCUCUGCAGCUCCAAUCCCUCAUCCAUGGAGAGAAUCGCAUUAGUUUGUUAUUUUCCGAGCUUGUAACUGUGCUUCUUUUUGUCAUUUCCCGCUAUUGUCACUGCAAUCCCUCAUCCUUGUGAGCAGCAAGCUGCAAAUCGGAUCACCAGGGCAGCCUUAUUGUAAUGAACACAAGUAAGGAAGUGAGAAAUUACAUGUUUCUCAGUGUGUAAAGCAGCACUGCCGUUUUAGUAGAAAGUUACAAAAGAUUACAAAAUAGAUAUGAGAGCUCUGAAGAAUAGGGCUGGGAGUACAAGAAGUCUAUUGUUUCUUUUGGACUAACAUUGUUUUGGAAAAAAAUAACAUUGAGAUAAAGUGGCUACACAUGUGAACCAUAUAAAGGAGCCACAAGACGAGCUUCCACGCAAAAGGAGAUGAAGUAUGUAAGAGAAGAGUGCUAAGUAGUGUUGGUAUCUGAUUUGAUUAAUACACGACAAAACAUUGUGAGGUAAAGAAACAGCAGAACAGGACAAAAUAUAACAGUGCGUUGCACACUAAUGGUAUUGUAUCUUUUAUAGGAGACUUUUAGGAACAAUUUACAAACUUACAAAUUCUUAGUGACGUAUUUGUUGUUGAGAGGAUUUGGUAUGAUCAGACAGUGGGUCCAGGUGUCUAUAUACAUAAUUUGCUUUUGUUUCUAAAGUACUAUUCCGACAGGAUAAUAUUUCUGAACAUAUGUCUGUUAAGUAAUGUUAGACCGAAGACUUCUGUAAUAUGAUCAACUCACAGGUGAUCUCUGUAUGAAUCACAGAAAUGAGAGUCUUCACGAUGCAUUCAUGGCCCCUGGCUACUAUGUAAACCUUAUAUUAAUGCACAGUGAUUGUUUUGUUUUAGGUCCUGUGGCAGCUCAGGUUCCGCAUGAUUGUUAGGUGGUCACAUGACCAUAAGGCUUUAUCUGUCGCAGGAACUCAAUAACUUACAUAAAUCCCCAGAAGUGUUGCAUUUCAGACAAGUCCUUUCAAAUGUCGUCUGUAUUUUAUUUUGAGUUUCCUGGUUUGUUUGUACUGUAGAAAGUGUGAAACCUCUGUUUCUACAGGAUAUAAUGGAGUCUUUACAAUUAUGUCAAUUCAGAUGGGAUAUAUUUAUUACUUAUUUUUAUUUCUACAGGUCCUUUGAUAGUAGAUUAAAAAUUGUUUAAUCUUUCCAGACACUGGAAGAUGCAGCCAGUAAAAAUGACUGAUAUGACAGAGUAGCAGCAGCUACUAAAAGUCAUAAACUAACUGUUUUUUUUUUUCUAUUAUAAUUAUGAUUCAUACAUACUCCAAAGAAAAAUUAUUCCGAGUUAAAAACACUCCUUGUUCUAUUUGUCUUUCAUAUGGAAAGGUUAAAUAUCAUAAAUGUCUGGUUACAUUUGUGAUUUUUAUUUUUUAAUUUUUUGUAGAAAAUUUUAUUAAUUCUUUUAUCUUGACAACCAGGUAUGGUUGAGCUCAGAUUUCUCAAGUUCACAAAUCAGAGCGAAAAAAGUGUCAAGGGACUCAGUGGCCGACUUUUGGUUCUGUACACUAGGUAGAAAAAAUGUAUGCAUUCUUGUUUCUUAAUGAGGCUGACUCUAGAUGAGCAAGGAGAAAAAAAAUACCAGGUCCAUCCUAUUCCCACCUUACUGUAUAUGGCCCAUAAGGGUGGCAGGACGCAGCAGGCUCCACUGUGGCUGCUGUCAGCAUUAAUAACUCCACAGAGACAAAGGAGGUAAUCAGCCUGCGCAUUGCUGUCUGCGAUUUCACCAAAAAGCCUAAUAAAAUCCAAGGGCCUAGGCAUCCAUUCACUUUAAUGAUGCCUGAUUGCUAGUAAAAUAUUGUGUUAGCGUUUUUUUGUGUAAGAACUAUGGGUCGCUUUUCUAUUGACUGUCCCUAAUGGAGCUGUGAUGUCAUGCAUAGUGGCUCUAAAGGUCUAGUGGAGUUUUGUUAUGAGCAGCAGUGACGGAGAGGCUUCUUUGAGACUCUAACUAAAUCACUAUAAUAAAAUUUACAUGCUGAUUGGCUCAAGCAGCGUGCGAAUCAUGCAAAUAUUUCUGAUAUGUUGGGGGGCAGUUACACACUUUCAGAAGGCAGAUAAAAUAUUUUUUAAAGCUCAUUUCUGCUUCAGUGCUAAUUGUCGUCCUAUACAGCAUACCUUUAUUUUACAUGCGUCUCUCUGUAUGUGAGACAGUAGUGAAGCAGAACCUGAGAAUUUUUGAGUGCUAAGACUUGGGUAAAAGUAUCCAUCACUAUCCACUAAGAGCCACAGAUUACCCAUAAUGCUCUGAUGGCAAGACUUUGAGAACUAAGAGCAUAUGCAGCUGGAUGUGUUUUCUGACCACAUAAUUGUGCCAUUUUAAACCAGCCAUGUCCUUAAUUAUUUAUGAGAAGAGAGAAUCAAAAAAAUGAAAUGUACACAAUUUUCCACUUACCCCAAAUGUAGCUGAUCAGCCAAAGCCAUGAUCAAAGUGCUUCUUUAGUUUUGUAUCAGAGCUGCAAGGCUCAGCUAAUAGCUACCAGUUUAGUAUCAGGCACACUGCAUGUCUAAGUCCUAUACUUGUUUGAGGUUUGUGACAAUCUGUGACACACUGCUGUCUUCAAAAUGGAUUAAAGUAUGUUGCAUAGCUUAAAGACAGCUUCCCCAGCAACCUUGGAGCCAGAAGCUUUGCAAACUGCAUCAUCACACACUCGCUUCAAAAGGUACUGUUUGGCUCAGUAGUACCAUUUCUGCAUAAACAUUUAGCAGAACAAGUUGGUAUUAAAAAAUAAAUAUAGCCUAUAUGUACAUUCAGAAGUCUGUUAUUACCAAUAAGCCUAUAAUUAGUGCGUUAUUACCAUUUUCAAACACUGGGCCACACCUCCUGCCUGAGAGUACAUGGAGAAAGAAAGCUUCAAGAUGACUGCUUAUACUGUUUUUAGCUGUGCACCAUACUUUCGUCCAUUUUUAUAGAUAUCAAUGUGUCACGGUAUCAGAAAUUAAAUAAGCAAAUCUGUUUGAAAUACAGAACAAUGCAAGUGUGUGACACUAGACAUGUAUUCACUACUGUUAUGUUUUUGGGAGGAAACCAUAAAACAUUGUGGAAACCUAUGAGGAAACAGGAGAACAUGUUUAAAUCCACACAGAGAGUAACCUGAGUUCAGGAUCCUACCAGGGACCCUGGAGCUGUGAGGCAGCAACGCUACCCACUGCACCACCAUGCCGGCCCUCAACUGAUUAUUUGAUGGAAAGUUUUUUUUUUCUUUAUCUUCUUCUUUUUUUUUAUUUUUUAUUGCAGAACAGUUCCUUCUUGAGUGUGGGCUCAAAAGGUGCUCACACAUCAAUGUUUGUUGCAAUGCUUUUAAUGGAAAAGCUAAUGAGUGAUCAGACACGCUCCUACAUUUAUAGAUUACUCAUCCAUACUUUUAUUUCACAGAUAAUCUCAGCUCAACAGAUACUUAAUAUCUAAUGAAUGAGCAGGUGUGUGUGUGUGGUGUGCAUGUAUUUUGACUACAGUUUGACCUCAUAUGCAUCAAAUAGUGUAAUACUGACAGUUUUAAAAUUCUGCAAUGCACAAAAUUCAUCUUCCAUCCCUCAUGUGCAAUAAAAAUGGGUGUGAUAUUAAAACUAAUCUGUCUCCAAGGCUUUGGCGCUGAAAAAUAAUUGCUUUCACUUUCCAGCUUUUCCUCGUUCUCACUCCCCCUCUGUCUUAUAUGAGCAGAUAUUCAGAGAUGCAUAUUCUCUCUCUCUCUCUCUCUCUCUCUCUCUCUCUCUCUCAAACACACACCCAAGAGGUUAACCAUAAUGAGGGCACUCAGUAAAAUAAUAAUAAAAAUAAUGGUCUGGUCAUUCAUAUGAAGUAUAUGGCUUUUUCAGCUGACUGAGCUCUAUGGACAGGCACUAUGGGCUUUAGUAGGGGUCAGGCCUUUUCAUAACACUGAAAUGAAGCAAGGGGCUGUGAAGAAAAAGUCUCUCUCUCCCUCUCUUUCUCUUUUUUUCCCUCUUUUAGUUUUGUAGUGAGGCUGAAUGUGUAGUCGAAGCUGAUUAGUCAAAGGGGUGAUUUCCAGUUUUAAACUCCAGACAGAAAUCCUUCACACACAGUUAAUAGUAUUCACACAGAAGGAGUGGCCGCUCAUGCUAUGGUGGCUCUGGGUCUAGGUGAUGUAUAGAGCAUAUGUAGUGAACCUUGUGUUAGGUUACAUAGGCAAAACUGAAUUAUUAGCAAUAAUGUAUAAACCUUCCAUGAGUUAGGAGAGUAUUAUUCACUCCUGUACAAGCCAUACAUUAGUCUGAUUUUAACUACUCCAUGUCUGCAGCACUGCUAUAAACCACUAGCUAACUAACCAGCUAGCAUAUUAGACAGACUAAAACAAUGUAACAUGAUGAAAAAAUCAAACUAAAAUUAUAUAACAUUAAAGUACAAUAUAAACAAUGUAAACAACAAUACAGUGAUCCACCAGAUCCACCACGACCCAGUUAAUUAAAGCAAGUGAACAUACAAUCUUAAAAAAAAAAAAACCUUCUGGAGAAAAUGUGCAUUUGCACAAGGUUUGUGGAAACAGUUUCAUAGUGAAGGGAAACUGAUUUGUAAUGGACUCAGGACUCAUUAGAACUCAUCUUUCAGGCCUUAAGUGCACAAUCCUGAACAAUCCUCCAAAAAAAUGAUGAUUCAUCCUAAUGA